AUGGAGCGUGGUCGGAACAAUGACUGGAUUGAUCUUGAAAUUCCUCCCUCUGAGUUCCGUGCUGAAUCAAGCCUGGAGACGGGCCAGUGUUUUCACUGGAAGCGGAUUGCGGCAAAUGAAUGGCUCGGCCUUGUAACCGGUUGCUGUGUGCAUUUGCGGAGUGCUCCGAACACCACGCUGGUAAAGUCCUUGGCCGGGGAGCUGGACGUUCAAUCCUUCUGCAGGUACCUCAGCCAUGGUCAGGGUCACCCAGUGCUAGUGGACUUGCAGACAGCUUGGGGUGAGGAUGGGGCCGAAGCUGCUCGCAUACUUCCUGGAGCCCGGGUAUUGCGACAGGAUCCAGUAGAGGCCUUGAUCAGCUUCAUCUGCUCAGCGAACAACAAUGUGCCGCGGAUCAGCUUGAUGCUAGAGAGAUUGCGCCAGCAGGCCGGCACGCCUCUCCUCAACCUGUCACCAACCUUAGCAGGCCAGAUGGCCCAGGAAUAUUCGAAAGGCAGAUCCGCGGUGCCCGCGCACGUCCGCGAGUUGAUUUCCCAGGGCAAGCUUUGCAGCUUUCCCACGCCAGAGCGAUUGGCGAGUUUUGGGGAGCUCGAGUUACAGGAGCUCGGCUUGGGCUACCGGGCUCGGUAUGUGGCAGCAAGUGUAAUGGCGGGCGACCUCAAGAAAGAUCUGGAGGAGUUACGCAGGCUUCCGCGAGACGUGGCUGAGCGGGAGCUUCGCAAGUUUUCGGGGGUGGGCCCAAAGGUGGCUGCCUGCGUGGCCUUGUAUGGUUUAGGUUUCAGCGAUUCGGUCCCUGUUGACGUUCAUGUAGCUCGGGCGGCUGGGCGAAUGGCACCACCAGGGCUUGCAAGGCGGCUGGAAGCUUCAGCCUCGUUGACGCCUGGCCUCCAUGCGGCGGUGGCAGACUUCUUCCGUGACCGUUUUGGAACUCAUGCAGGUUGGGCGCAGCACUUGGUCUUUGCAGCCCAACGGCAUCGCGCCAGUGUUGCGGUUUCAUCACCGACUGUGGAGGCUGUGGUUGAGGCGCGACGGGCUGCGUUCUUGUGGAAGAAUGGUCUGGGUGGCCUUCCAGAUGGAUGCCUUCUGGCUUUGAACUUUGCAUUCGAGGUGAUAGAGCUGGAGCACGACUUUUACUCCAUCUCCCUGACUCCUCAGGUUCCUUGCUGGGCUGCCUUCUGCGCGCCGCUGGCCUCUUCUAUCGCGCAGCUUCUGGCCAUAUGCUUACGGCUGUUUGCCCUCUGCUUGAUGCUUGUGUACUCCCACAAGAGGGUAGUCGUCAUGAUGAUCGUAGUUGCGGAGGAGAUGAUGGUGCUGUACUUCCUGGCAUACUCGAACGAGACAAUGUUCGAGGGUGGGAAGUGGAAGCAGCCCAUCUCGCCUUACUGGAGCCUCAACGCGAUGAAGAUGAUUUCGAUCAUGCUGUCCCUUUUCAAGGUGUCUAUUGAGCUUGGUCAUGCGCAGAGACUCUGCAGGUCCCUGGUGGUCGGCAAUUUCGUCGACAACAUCCGGCCUGUCCUAGGCUGGUGGGCCUUGGCACUGCAGUACUUCAUGGCACUAUCUGUCCUAUUCGUGUCUCUGUCGGUGGUGCUUGGUGCUACAUCCUGUGUGGCGUGCUUCUUGAAGAUCUUCAGUGUCUUCAUCAUCGUGGACAUGGACAACUUAGCUGCUGGGUUUGUCGACGGGAUGACAUACUUGGACUUCAAAGUCGAGGUCAGCCCUGAACGGCUCAAAAACUUUCGAAGGCAUCACGGAAGGCUUGGCCGAUGCUUAUCUAUCCGAGCUGUGUUCAUGUUCAUGCCUGUGACCCUGAUCCUUUUGUCCUUGCUGAUGUCUAUCUACUUCAAUACGAUUCCACUGACGCUGCUCACGUGGGGGCAGGUCAGCAAUGAAGACGCUCCAAAGAUGCUG